UAAGUAAAAUAACGUCAAACUACAACAAUAAACAGAGAUUCACAAGUGAACUACCCAGAAAAAUGGAGAUUAAGAGGGUUACAAAUAAAUGAAGACAAAACAGAGGAAUAUAAAAUCAGUGGUUGCUACGUCGCUAUCAAAUUGGAAGCCAUUGUUAUGUUACCUAUGUGACUGAAAUACGACAGCGCAAUGACUUCAGCUGGUAGACAACCAAACGUACCGCGCGCAAAAAAAGAUGCGACUACUUCCUCAUCUGCAGUAUCAAACACCAACUCAUUAUCUAGCGAAUUAUAACAUUCGGGAUAUUAAGAAUUCGCUUUCAGCUGAAUCACAAGUCGUGUAUGUCAAGUCAAAAGGUCUAAUUCUCAAGGGUGAACUCAGAGGAUGCAGCAUUUUACAUUGGAAUAUAAAUAAAUCAGAACAAAGUUUUGUACGUACCGAAGUAGGUAAUACAUCAAAUUGUGAACAUAUGGUUGGUUAUGUAAUUCCAAAUAGAGCUUUGCUUAGGACAAAUGAUAAAGAACAAGUAAAUAUCAAUUUUUCCUGCUUGGCCCAAAGUAUUCCAAGAUGGGGUUGUUGUAAACUUGAUGUAGGAGACAACGAAGUCUCAGAAGUCCCAAAACAGCAUGAAAUCGUCCUAGUUGUAAUACGCGAUAGGAUUUGGAUAGGAAGUUUUCUCGACAAAGAAAAUAAUGUGUACAAAAAGUUGCGUCAUUUAAAGGACGCGAUGAACAAGAAAUCUCAAACCUCAACAACAAAAGAUAAUAAUCAAGUUCAACUUCCUGACGGUAGUGAAGGAGACAACGCAUGCGCCGAAAACAAUCAAUCUUUUAUCGGUAUAAAGCAACACAACCAGCUGAUGCAAGAUAGCACGACAAAAAUCAAAGCACUGAAAGAUAAAUUGAAGAAGAAGAAUCGUUUGUUGUCAGCUGUGGUUGAACAAAAAAAGAAGAGAAGAAUUGAAAAGUUUAAAGCCGAAUUGAGAAAAAUUAAUGCAAGGAGUAAAGAGACAAAUAUAAAUUAAUAUCUGGUUUUGCUUGUACCUAACCUUGCCCACACCAGCUGCCUUUCAAUGCUGU